GUGUCUGUCUGCCACACACAAAACACUCCAUUGUCUGUCUUGUGCUUCCUUUCCCUAGCCUUAUCUCAACCCACCGUAGUAUUCACUGUCCCUCCACAUCUUACAACAUAGGAUAGUUUCUCAAGGACACAUCACAUAGUAUGAGCUGCGUAUUUGGCAGCCUGUCCUCCUUAGCUGAAAGAGGGCGGUACAUAAAACCCAUCUCCCUCGCUGACCUGACCCAAAACAAGUGUUCCAUCCAGACGUGACUGGACAGACAGGGUUACCAUGAGGCUAUGGUGCAUAUUCGGCUUGAUGCUGCUGCUGCCCAGCACAAUGGUCACUCUGCCACACCAGGGCAGACUGAGUGACAGCCUGCUAGGCCGGUGUCAGGAGGACCCCACGCCAGACCACCCAGGAACAGGGCCAGGAGACAACCGUUCAGUGGAGGUUGGAAAAGGUUUGGGAGAGAAUGCCUUAACAGUGAAGGAGACCAUAAACUCCCAUCCCAGCGCUCCUCACCUACCUGGGGACACUCCAUGUUUCGGAAGGAUACCAUCUCAUGGAGAGGUUAUUGAGGAUAUGUUUUCAGCACUUCGUGAAGGUUGGGGCCAGGAAAGCGACCUGAGAAAGGAGGAUUUGACUCGAUUUGGCGUUUGCUCACACUCUGAUGAUGCUCCAGUACCUGCCUUAUCCACACUAGCCGAAGAAGCCAAAAAAGAGAAACAUGGGCUACAUGUUUGGCACCCAAUCAAAGAGCUCAUGGAGGGUGAAGUGGAGGGAGGGGGUCUUGUGUUGACCUUCCACCUCCCCCGGCCUCCCCUCUCCAAUAUCAAGCCCAUACUGCUCCUUGCCUUUAGAAACCCCAGAACAGGAGCGCUCGGUGCCAUCACUUUCACCAGUCACUCUCUGCAGCCUUACAAACAGACAGUAUGUAUUUCAGAAGGAACACAGUUCCUCAUCCUAACAGGAAAGCAACCCGAGGGCAAAAGUCAACUGAAAUGGAGAUUCAAUGUUGACACAAAAACACCAGAGACAGGACAAAAGCUGUCUGAACUACGAGGUAUCCUGAUUGGUGACGGAACAAGAAGUGAUGUCAGUGUUAUUCCCCUGGUGCUUUUCUCAACGAAUAGAGGAACUGAUGAAAGAGUGACAGAAAAGCUGAGUCCCUCCCCUGCUCCCUCUGGGACCUACACGUUUCUGUGUGAGCUGCAGAAGUUCCUCAGUGAUGUCAUGCCACCACAGACGCAGUCACAACCAUGGGCUGCUUCGGUCCCUCUGUACUCUCUGGACUCUCUUCCCCCCCUGUCCCUUGGGGUGUCGUCCAGUGAGACCCUCCUUGCCAGGCUGCUCAACUCCUCAGCUCCCACCCUGUUCUCUUUCCCCACACAGGGCUCUGUGCUCCAGGGGCAUCGCGGGGAGCUGUCCCUGCAGCCCGCCCUACUAGAGGUGCUCAGGCAGAGGCUGGAGGAGGUUCUGGUCCAGAUGCGGGUGGAGGAGGUGGGCAAAGCAGGAAUGGACAGACUGAGGAGACUCCAGGAACUCAGUGUCCUUCCUAAAGAGGGCGAGGAAGCACCAGCAGGUGUUGGGAGCCCCAGUGAGACGCAGUACCGAGCCCUGCUUCUGCUGAAGGCCCUGCAGACAGUAGUGGGAGCCUGGGAUGUGGAGAGGGGGCAGCGGGCCACCAGAGCAGGCCAGAAGGGCCCAGGGAACCGGCACCUUUGUCGACUGCACAGUCUCACCGUGUCCCUGGAGAAAUACCUGCUGUCUCCUCCUGAGGCCACCAUCUACAACUGCCAGGGAGUCUGCAGCUUUCCCCUGACCAACGGGAAUAACCAUGCUAUCCUGCUUAACAGCCAGAUCCAGAGUGGCCUGGCCCUGGAGCGCUCGCCUUGCUGUGUGCCUGUGGACUAUGAGGACCUCAAGGUGGUGGAGUUGGAUGAGCAUGGAACCAAUAUCUGCUACAAACCAAACAUGGUGGCCAAGGAGUGUGGAUGCCGCUGACUCCUCCAUGUGGUGCAAUGAUUGGUAUUAAAGGGCCAGGGCACCUGGGUUGUUGCACCAUUACUCAAUAAAAGUCAAGUAGAAUUGCAUGUUUUAAA